AUGGCCAUCUCCUCAACUAACUAUCUCCUCAAAACAUCACCUAUAUCACUUAUCUUGCCCAAUGGCCAUCUCCUCAACGUAUCACCCAUAUCAUUUGUCCGCUCCCAUUACUAUCUCCUCAACACGUUACACAUAACACUUGUCUGCCCCCAUGGCCAUCUCCCAAACACAUCACCCAUAUCACUUGUCUGCUCCCAUUACUCUUUCCUCAACACGUCACCUAUAUCACUUGUCUGCUCCCAUGGCCAUCUCCCCAACACAUCACCCAUAUCGCUUGUCUGCUCCGAUUACUAUCUCCUCAACACAUCACCUAUAUCACUUGUCUGCGCACAUGGCCAUCUCCUCACCACAUCACCCAUAUCACUUAUCUGCUCCGAUUACUAUCUCCUCAACACAUCACCUAUAUCACUUGUCUGCCCCCAUGGCCUUCUCCCUAACACAUCACCCAUAUCAUUUGUCCGCUCCCAUUACUAUCUCCUCAACACUUCACCUAUAUCACUUGUCUGCCCCCAUGGCCAUCUCCUCAACACAUCACCUAUAUCACUUGUCUGCCCCAAUGGCCAUCUCCUCAACACAUCACCCAUAUCAUUUGUCCGCUCCCAUUACUAUCUCCUCAACACUUCACCUAUAUCACUUGUCUGCCCCAAUGGCCAUCUCCUCAACACAUCACCCAUAUCAUUUGUCCGCUCCCAUUACUAUCUCCUCAACACUUCACCUAUAUCACUUGUCUGCCCCCAUGGCCAUCUCCUAAACACAUCACCUAUAUCACUUGUCUGCCCCCAUGGCCAUCUCCUAAACACAUCACCUAUAUCACUUGUCUGCCCCAAUGGCCAUCUCCUCAACACAUCACCCAUAUCAUUUGUCCGCUCCCAUUACUAUCUCCUAAACACAUCACCUAUAUCACUUGUCUGCCCCCAUGGCCAUCUCCUAAACACAUCACCUAUAUCACUUGUCUGCCCCCAUGGCCAUCUCCCGAACACAUCACCCAUAUCACUUGUCUGCUCCCAUUACUACCUCCUCAACACAUCACCCAUAUUACUUUUCUGCCCCCAUGGCCUUCUCCUCAACACAUCACCUAUAUCACUUGUCUGCGCACAUGGCCAUCUCCUCACCACAUCACCCAUAUCACUUAUCUUGCCCAAUGGCCAUCUCCCUAACACAUCACCCAUAUCACUUGUCCGCUCCCAUUACUAUCUCCUCAACACUUCACCUAUAUCACUUGUCUGCCCCCAUGGCCAUCUCCUCAACACUUCACCUAUAUCACUUGUCUGCGCAUAUAGUCAUCUCAUCAACACAUCACCCACAUCACUUGUCUGCCCCCAUGGCCAUCUCCCAAACACAUCACCCAUAUCACUUGUCUGCUCUAGUAACUAUCUCCUCAAAACAUCACCUAUAUCACAUGUCUGCCCCAUUGGCCAUCUCCUCAACACUUCACCCAUAUCACUUGUCUGCUCCCAUUACUAUCUCCUCAACACAUCACCUAUAUCACUUGUCUACCCCCAUGGCCAUCUCCUCAACACAUCACCCACAUCACUUGUCUGCUCCCAUGGCCAUCUCCCCAACACAUCACCUAUAUCACAUGACUGCUCCCAUUACUCUUUCCUCAACACGUCACCCUCAUUACCUGUCUUCCCCCAUGGCCAUCUCCUCAACAGAUCACCCAUAUCACUUGUCUGCCCCCAUGGCCAUCUCCACAACACAUCACCCAUAUCACUUAUCUACCCCCAUGGCCAUCUCCUCAACACAUCACCCAUAUCACUUGUCUGCUCCCGUUACUAUCUCCUCAAAACAUCACCUAUAUCACUUGUCUGCGCACAUGGCCAUCUCCUCAACACAUCACCCAUAUCACUUGUCUGCCACAAUGGCCAUCUCCUCAACACAUCACCUAUAUCACUUGUCUGCCACAAUGGCCAUCUCCUCAACGCAUCACCCAUAUCACUUGUCUGCCACAAUGGCCAUCUCCUCAACGCAUCACCCAUAUCACUUGUCUGCCACAAUGGCCAUCUCCUCAACGCAUCACCCAUAUCACUUGUCUGCCACAAUGGCCAUCUCCUCAACACAUCACCUAUAUCACUUGUCUGCCCCCAUGGCCAUCUCCUCAACACAUCACCUAUAUCACUUGUCUGCGCACAUGGCCAUCUCCUCAACGCAUCACCCAUAUCACUUGUCUGCCACAAUGGCCAUCUCCUCAACACAUCACCUAUAUCACUUGUCUGCCCCCAUGGCCAUCUCCUCAACGCAUCACCCACAUCACUUGUCUUCCCCUAUGGCCAUCUCCCCAACAGAUCACCCAUAUCACUUGUCUACCCCCAUGGCCAUCUCCUCAACACAUCACCCAUAUCAUUUGUCUGCUCCCAUUACUAUCUCCUCAACACAUUACCCAUAUCACUUGUCUGCUCCCAUUACUAUCUCCUCAACACAUCACCCAAAUCACUUGUCUGUUCCCAUUACUAUCUCCUCAACACAUCACCUAUAUCACUUGUCUUCUCCAAUUAA